AAUAUAUUCAGAUAACCAUUUCUUCUGGAAAUGAAACUAGGCUCUCUUCCAUCUGGCUUUCAGUUGCUGGCUUCCUAUUUCUUGUUCAGGAAAAGCUGUGGUUUUAAGACGGAUCUCCUGGCCACUAACCGCUCAGUCCUGUUUCUUGGUCACCGGGGAAGUUUAGACUUUCGCUCCCUGUACCUAGAUGAAUACCGUGAUCGCCUAUUCAUUGGAGGAAAGGACACCCUUUACUCGCUUCGGCUAGACCAAACCAAUAUGGAUGUUAAGGAGAUUUACUGGCCACCUCUUCCUGGGCAGAAAGAAGAAUGCUUCCAGAAAGGAAAGGACUUAGCGACGGAGUGUGCAAACUAUAUCCGAGUUCUUUAUCCUUUAAACCGGACUCAUCUCUUAGCUUGCGGGACUGGAGCUUUUCAUCCUGUCUGUGCUUUCAUCUACGUGGGACACAGGGGAGAGCACAUGUUCAGCAUGGAUCCAACCAGUAUAGAAAAUGGCCGGGGCAGAUGUCCACAUGAGCCUAAUCGGGCGUUUGCAAGUACAUUUUUUGGUGGAGACUUGUAUACGGGGCUAACAGCCGAUUUCUUGGGCAGGGACUCUGUGAUCUUCCGGACCAUGGGACAUCGCUCUUCUCUACGUACAGAGAUGGACCAGAGGCUGCUUAAUGCCCCCAAAUUUGUUGCUGCUUAUAUGAUCCCAGAGAAUGAUGAUCGGGACAAUGACAAAGUUUACUUCUUCUUCACUGAGAAAGCAGCAGAAUCAGAUAGCAAAGGGCAUGCCAUCUUCAGCCGUGUGGGCAGAAUCUGUGUGAAUGAUGUUGGUGGACAACGAGUGCUGGUCAACAAAUGGAGCACUUUCAACAAAGCUCGUCUUGUGUGUUCUGUUCCAGGACCAGAUGGCAUUGACACACACUUUGAUGAACUGGAGGACAUCUUUCUUCUGAGGGCCAAAGAUGGCAAGAAUCCUGAAGUCUAUGCACUGUUUAGCACCAUCAGCAAUGUCUUCCAAGGCUUCGCCAUCUGUGUCUAUCGUAUGGCAGACAUCUGGGAGGUUUUUAAUGGACCAUUUGCUCAUAAAGAUGGUCCUGAUCAUCAGUGGGCAGCUUAUGAGGGCAAGGUGCCUUACCCAAGGCCAGGAGUUUGCCCUAGCAAAACAACCAACCAGCCAAGUCGUCAGUACUCCUCGACCAAAGACUACCCAGAUGAGGUACUGCAAUUUGCACGUGCUCACCCCCUGAUGAGCAAAUCUGUGUAUCCACUACAACGGCGGCCUGUGCUGGUGAAAACCAACCUGCAUCAUCGCCUGAGGCAGUUAGUGGUGGAUCGUGUGGAAGCUGAGGAUGGGCAUUACGAUGUCAUGUUCAUUGGCACAGAUGCUGGCACCAUAUUGAAGGUGAUAGCCCUACAAAGAGGAAAUUUUGCUGCUGUUGAAGAAGUGGUUUUGGAAGAGCUUCAAGUGUUUAAGGUACCAAUCCCCAUCACUGAGAUGGAAAUUUCUGUGAAACGGCAAAUGCUUUACGUGGGCUCACGGGUCGGUGUUGCCCAAGUGAAACUGCAUCAGUGUGAGACGUAUGGGACCGCCUGUGCAGAAUGCUGCCUGGCACGGGACCCCUAUUGUGCCUGGGAUGGUCUCACUUGCACCAGAUACCAGGAAUCGGGCAAACGUCGCUUUCGCAGGCAAGACAUCCAGAACGGGAACCCCAUGCACCAGUGCUUGGAUCAAAACCUAACAGUGGAUGACUUUGACAGCAUUGAGGAGAAGGUGGUAUAUGGGACAGAGCACAACAGUACCUUUUUAGAGUGCAUCCCCAAGUCACCCCAAGCUGCAGUGCAAUGGUUUGUACGCAGAUCUCCAGAGGAGCUAAGAGAUGAGGUGAAAACAGAUGAACGGAUCAUGAAGACAGAAUACGGCUUGCUGUUUAGGAAACUCUUUCGUCAGGAUACUGGAACUUAUUACUGCAGGUCGCAGGAGCAGGGCUUUGCUCAGACUGUCAGCAAAAUCAUUUUGGAAGUGGUGGAGAAUGAGCAGCUGGAACACAUUUUCCAGAAGGAGCAGGAGGAGGAGCUGCCUCGGCCUCCGUGCCGAGUCCCCAACCUCCGCCUGCUACAUGGACAACGAUUGUGGUUCAAGGACAUCAUGCAUCUGAUCGGCUACGCCAAUCUGCAGAGAUUGGAGGAGUAUUGUGAGCGGGUGUGGUGUGGAGAUCGGCCACUAUGGCAUAAAGGCAAACUCCCAAAGAGCAAGAAUCUGCUGGAGGGUGGCAAAAAGGGAAGAGGCAAGCAGCCCAGUGACAGAAACCGGGUGCCUAGGCAAGCGGUGGCCACUGAAGGAGACAUGGAGCCAACUCUUGGCAAAAGCAUCCUGUGAAUUAAAAUCCACCCUUCUAAAACUGUCCUUGCCCUGAUGGGGGUCCCCCCUUGCCCUUGCUGAUCAACUGAGCCUAUGGACAUCCCUUCCUUCUGUCAAAAUGCUGGAGAUUUAACAAAUACCAAAGUAUUGUUUUUCUGUCCCAUACUGACAACCCUGGUGUGAGUUGUAUCACACCUCACAUGGUAUCAAGUCGAAGAAAGGGUGGAGGUGGCCUCACUCAUGAUCGUGUGUGUUAAAUGCUGCCAUCCCUGAAGCCUCCUGUUCAGUACGGCUGAGCUACAUGACUCAGAAAAGGCGCCAUUAAGGAUCUAAUCAUGUGGCUGGGAGACUGUUACCAGCAACCAAGGAACAGCAGCAUCCGUUCCUCUUACAAGACUGAGAAGAAACAAUGAGGAGAUGGAAAGAAUGGAUAUGUGUAAUCCAUGCUCUUCUGGAGGAUCAGCCAUAGAUAAUAGUCACCCUUUUGAAGGAGCAGAUGGAGCUUCCAGUGACCUAUUCUCCCCAUGCUACAUGCUGGGUAUGGGUGUGACCAUUGAAUUGUGCGUAUCACGGUACCUGGAGGUGCAAAGCAGAUCGUUACAGCACUUCCAGCCUCCUGCUUUUCCUUGUUCUGCCCGACAGGUCAAAAGCAAUGACAAUUCUUUGGGCAUGAUUGCAUAUGAGUUUUUAAAAGGCCAGUUACUUUACAAUACGAUUUGACCCUCAUGCUUGUUUAUACCACAUGUGUCCUUCUCAUGCACUCUCUUUCAAAUCACCAACGGUUGGAGGAGAAACUAAACCUGACAAAGAAAUGAGCAAACAAAUAAACAGAAACCUCAGGGGUAACAUGGACCAGCCAAAAAAUAAUAAUAAAAUCUUAUGCAGCUUAUCCUCAGCCCCGCCUUCUGCUGUAAUUACCCCCCCCCCUCCUCCCAAGGUUCUGUUGAAAAACAGAGGAACCAGUAAGCUAACCUUGGCCACAUAAUGUAGUUUGGUUCACCUAUUGCUGAAUUUCCUGUAUUUUGCUUGCCAAUAUCUUAUCCUGUCCAGGAAAGUCUGACUUCUCUGCACCACCUCUGAUUAUUUCCUUGCCGGCCACUUUUUCUUGGGCAAUACAACCAUCCGCCACUGGAGGCCCACAUAAGCAUUUGCCUUCAACAAGCCUUUGCCUUUCAUGGACUUGUUUUAAUUCCUUUGUUUUAAAGAUUGACAGCUAAGUGAAAACUAGCAGUUUGUUCAACAAAUAA